AUGAGAUCAUCAGGCUGUGCAGCAUCAACACCACUAAGAGCAAACACUUUCCGUGUGAUCCUCGGUCAUCCGCUUUGGUUUGAAGGAAUGAUGGUUCCAAGAGGUCAAGCGGCACUAUUAACUUUUUGCACUUGCAUCAGCUUGGCAAGUGUGGCACUUGUGCUUACCAUAACCUUCCCAGAUGUUGGCAACUACUGGUUUUGGAUCACCAUCUCGAGUUCAUUGGCAGCCCUUUAUUAUUGGACUCGGGCAUCGAGAAAGGAGCAGAUUAAAGUGAAAAUGAUUGUUGGAAAUGAUGGAAACUUAUCAGAGAUCAUUGUCCAAGGUGAUGAUCAACAGGUCGAGCAAAUGAGGAAGGAACUCAAGUUAAGUGAAAAAGGCAUGGUGUAUGUUAAGGCGUCUUUGAAAGAUGAUCUAUUGGCUAUUUUCUUCAGGAGGUAG